UUCCAUGUGAUUCAACGGUUUACGGGUUUAUCAUUGAAAUUAUAACUUAAAUAACGGCGAAAAUAUAGGUUGAAGUACGCGGCCACAUUCCGAGACGAUAAUACUCACAGGGAAUGUGACUUUUGUUGUAAAAUGAGUGAUGUUUACAACACGUGAGCGCUCUCUGGCCGACAUCGUGUCUCUCGUGUUUACAAGUGCGUCCGCUUAGGCUUUUCUCGGUCUUUGUGGAAUUUAUCUUCUGGCACAUAAACACGCGUCAAAAUGGUGCGAGUGAAUGCCCUUGCAGAUGCUCUCAGAAGCAUAAACAAUGCUGAGAAGCGAGGAAAGAGACAGGUUCUCAUCAGACCCUGCUCAAAGGUCGUAGUCAAAUUUCUGACGGUGAUGAUGAGGCAUGGUUACAUUGGAGAAUUUGAGAUUGUUGAUGACCAUAGGGCUGGCAAGAUUGUAGUAAACCUCACUGGUCGUCUCAUUAAGUGUGGUGUCAUCUCUCCACGUUUUGAUGUAACCAUCAAUUCCAUUGAGAAGUGGACUAACAAUUUGCUUCCAUCUCGUCAGUUUGGCUACAUUGUCUUGACAACUUCUGGUGGAGUUAUGGAUCACGAAGAAGCCAAGAGGAAGCAUCUUGGAGGAAAGAUCCUGGGAUUCUUCUUCUAAAUAAAUUUAUGAAAGAAGA